AGCUGGGUUUUCAUGGGGCAGCAGCCGAGGCAGGACCUGCAGCCAUGAACCGCUUCAAUGGGCUCUGCAAGGUGUGCUCGGAGCGCCGCUACCGCCAGAUCACCAUCCCGAGGGGGAAGGACGGCUUUGGCUUCACCAUCUGCUGUGACUCUCCGGUCCGAGUCCAGGCUGUGGAUUCCGGGGGCCCGGCAGAGAGAGCAGGGCUGCAGCAGCUGGACACCGUGCUACAGCUGAACGAGAGGCCUGUGGAGCACUGGAAAUGCGUGGAGCUGGCCCACGAGAUCCGGAGCUGCCCCAGUGAGAUCAUCCUGCUCGUGUGGCGCAUGGUCCCCCAAGUCAAGCCAGGACCCGAUGGUGGGGUCCUGCGGCGGGCGUCCUGCAAGUCAACGCAUGACCUCCAGUCACCCCCAAACAAGCGGGAGAAGAACUGCACCCAUGGGGCCCAGGCACGGCCUGAGCAGCGCCACAGCUGCCACCUGGUAUGUGACAGCUCAGAUGGGCUGCUGCUCGGAGGCUGGGAGCGCUACACCGAGGUGGCCAAGCGCGGGGGCCAGCACACCCUGCCUGCGCUGUCCCGUGCCACUGCCCCCACCGACCCCAACUACAUCAUCCUGGCCCCGCUGAACCCUGGGAGCCAGCUGCUGCGGCCUGUGUACCAGGAGGAUGCCAUCCCCGAAGAAUCAGGGAGUCCCAGCAAAGGGAAGUCCUAUACAGGCCUGGGGAAGAAGUCUCGACUGAUGAAGACGGUGCAGACCAUGAAGGGCCACGGGAACUACCAGAACUGCUCGGUCAUGAGGCCACACACCCCACACUCAAGCUAUGGCACCUAUGUCACUCUGGCUCCCAAGGUCUUGGUGUUCCCCGUCUUUGUUCAGCCUUUAGAUCUCUGUAACCCUGCCCGGACCCUGCUGUUAUCAGAGGAGCUGCUGCUGUACGAGGGGAGGAACAAGGCUGCCGAGGUGACGCUGUUUGCCUAUUCGGACCUGCUGCUCUUUACCAAGGAAGACGAGCCGGGCCGCUGCAACGUCCUGAGGAACCCGCUCUACCUCCAGAGUGUGAAGCUUCAGGAAGGUUCUUCAGAAGACCUGAAAUUCUGUGUGCUGUAUCUGGCAGAGAAGGCAGAGUGCUUAUUCACUUUGGAAGCGCACUCGCAGGAGCAGAAGAAGAGAGUGUGCUGGUGCUUGUCAGAGAACAUCGCGAAGCAGCAACAGCUGGUGGCCUCGCCCCCGCAGAGCAAGAUGUUUGAGUCAGAGGCAGAUGAGAAGAGGGAGAUGCCCUCAGAGGAGGGGAAGGCGCCAGGUGCCGAGGAGCCCCCACCCUGCAAGGACCCCUGUCCUGGCCAGGAGCCUCCUCCAGGACAAGACCUUCCACCCAAUAGGGACUCCUCUCCUGGCCGGGAACCGUCUCCUGGCCAAGAAGCCCUGUCCAGCAAAGACUCCCCUUCCUGCAAGGAACCCACAAUAUGGCAGGAACCCUCAGCAAACGAGGACUCCCCAUCAUGCCAGAAAUCCCCUGAAGCCCCUCCCAGCCAGGACCUUCCUGCCAGGGAAGAAGCCCCUCCCAGCCAAGACCCUCUGCUCAGCGAAGACCUCCCCGCCACCCAGGAACCCCCUGCUCAGGACCUCCUGCCAUGUCAAGGCCUGCCCCCCAGCCAGGCCCCCUUGCCAGCUGAGGCCCUUGCUGAGGAGACCACGAGCCCUGGGGACCCGCCAGCAGCCACCGGGGACCCACCCGCGGCCUCCAGGCCAGCUUUCAUCAUUCCUGAGGUCCGGCUGGAUAGCACCUACAGCGAGAAGGCAGAGGCGGAGGGCGGCAGCUCUGGUGACGAAGAGAAUGCAGAAGAGGCUGAGGAGGGAGACGAGGGGGACGAGGGGGAGGAAGACGACGAUGAGGACACGAGUGAUGACAACUACGGAGAGCACGGCGGGGUCAAGCGCAGCAGCAUGAUAGAGACGGGCCAGGGUGCUGAGGGCGGCCUCUCUCUGCGUGUGCAGAACUCGCUGCGGCGCCGGACGCACAGCGAGGGGAGCCUGCUGCAGGAGCCCCGCGGGCCCUGCUUCUCCUCCGACACCACCUUGAACUGCUCGGACGGAGAGGGCACUGCGUCCUCCUGGGCCUUACCUUCGCCCCGCACCCUCAAGAAGGAACUGGGCCGCAAUGGCGGCUCCAUGCACCACCUUUCCCUCUUUUUCACAGGACACAGGAAGAUGAGUGGGCCCGACACGGUUGGGGACAACGAUGAAGGCUCCCGGAAGAGAAAGAGCAAAAACUUAGCCAAGGACAUGAAGAACAAGCUGGGCAUCUUCAGGCGGCGGAAUGAGUCCCCUGGGGCCCAGCCAGCAGGCAAGGCGGACAAAGUGAUGAAGUCAUUCAAGCCCACCUCGGAGGAAGCCCUCAAGUGGGGCGAGUCCUUGGAGAAGCUGCUGCUUCAUAAAUAUGGAUUAGCAGUGUUCCAGACCUUCCUUCGCACCGAGUUUAGUGAGGAGAACUUGGAAUUCUGGCUGGCAUGUGAGGAUUUUAAGAAGGUCAAGUCACAGUCCAAGAUGGCAGCCAAGGCCAAGAAGAUCUUUGCCGAGUACAUCGCAAUCCAGGCGUGCAAGGAGGUAAACCUGGACUCCUACACACGGGAACACACCAAGGACAACCUGCAGAGCGUCACACGGGGCUGCUUCGACCUGGCACAGAAGCGCAUCUUUGGACUCAUGGAAAAGGACUCGUACCCCCGCUUCCUCCGCUCUGACCUCUACCUGGACCUCAUUAACCAGAAGAAGAUGAGCCCCCCGCUUUAGGGGCCACCAGGGUAGAACUCAGCGUUCACACCGGGAGGGCUGGGCCCCCUCCCCUGCGACGGAGGAGGCAACCAAGCCCCCAGAGGCCACGUCUCCGGACAGAUGGACAUUUGGACGAGAAGCUUGGACCAAGAGAGGCCCAGGCGACUGGAGGAGAGAAGGCCUGGCCCCAUUGGGUCCCCAGUGCCCCGGUACGAGGAGGCCCAAGGGCCCUGGCGGGUCGGGGCCCUGGCUGAGCCAGAUCCGGAGCUGCUGCUCCUUGCUGCGGAGACCUCGCAUUGACCAAGUUCCUUAAAGAACUGGCUGAUGGGGCGGGGGCAUGGCCGGGGCUCUGGGGCUGUCUAGGGCGGCCGCUGGGGCUCGCAGCACAGACCCCCGCCUUGAGUUUUAUUUAUUUAAACAGUAGUAGGAUGCUUGGCACGUCUUCCUGUAAUAGGAAACCUUUGCCUCAUCAGUUUUCCUAAUUUACAAGUGCAAUAUUUUAACCAACGCCUUGUGAAAAGCCACCUGGCAGAAAAGGUGGGCAUCAUUUUCCAGUUUCAGGGGAUUUGCUGGUCCCGGGAGCCAGUGGCAGGCAGCUGGGCCUUCUGGACUGAUGAGGCCUGGAGGGGCAGGUGAUGGAGCCUGACCUCACCCACACAUCCAGCCGCCUCGCGUGAGGAGGUCCCUUAGGGGCUCUGGGAAAGCAUGACACCCUCAGACCACACAGCAGCCAAGUUCUGGAGCAAAUAAAA